UCCUCCGUCAGCCCAGCCGCGCCUCCGCAGCCACAGCUGAUGAUGGCCGUCUCUUUAGCUGCCAACGCUACGGAACUUAGCAAGCAGCUAGCGGUGAAGCGUCGUUAAAAUGUGUACGAGGUGUUAGCUAACCGUCAUAUGAAUGUGCUGUUUUAGAGUUCAGCAAAGCGGUGUUGCGGAAUAUAGGCAGGGCAUGUAAAUAUGUCCCUUUACUUCACCGGCGUUUGAGUACCACGCGUAGUUCAUUGUUACUCACAUUAACUAACUAGUGUAAAUUUUACAGUAGGAUCAGAGGAGUGUCCAGCUAACCGGGCUAACAGCUACAGCACAACAUAGCUAGCUAGCUAGCUAGUUAGCUAGUCCGUUUUGUUAAUUACUUCGGUCUGGCCCGUCUGCGUUUGAAUGCUGCUGUUUUUCAAGUGGUAGCAACCUAUGCGAGCCCUGGAUGAGAACUGGACCUGAGCCUUGGGCUGUCUAUGAUGAUCAGAGUUUUUCUGGUUGCAUCCCCUGACCCCUCCUGGUCCAUUUAACCAGCCAUAUAUUACUCCCAAACCAAUCCCACAUGUCUGCUUGGCAACAGUAUGAUAAUUUACGCUGACCCCACCCAGCCCACUGGGAUAAGAAUCCCCCAAAACCAAGCUCUCCAAAUGAUAUGAUAGUAGCCGCCUGGAUCACUUUCUGUGCCUGCAGGAGCCUUGCACAGGUUCUGCUGUUCCUUUCCUCCUCAAACUCCCUACCUCCAUUCUGGGAGACCCUUGCCAGUGUGGUCUCCAGCACUGGAACCAUGGGUAACAGCUGUGUGUGCCGGGAGGAUAGUGACUUGGAGGACCAUCACCACGGGUCGUCGAGGGCAACCCGAGGACAAGCUAGGCGGGUGGAUCAUGGUACAGGCGUAGGUGUUGAAGCCGGAGAGGCUCGGAGCAGUCGACCCAGGGACCCGGUCAGGCCACCACGCCGAGGACGAGGGCCCCAUGAACCAAGACGGAAGAAGCAGAAUGUGGAUGGCCUGGUGCUGGACACACUGGCUGUUAUCAGGACACUUGUAGACAAUGACCAAGAGCCCCCUUACUCCAUGAUCACUUUGCACGAGAUGGCAGAGACAGAUGAUGGUUGGCUGGAGGUUGUCCAAUCUCUGGUUCGAGUGAUCCCAUUGGACGAUCCACUUGGCCCAGCAGUGAUCACCCUUCUAUUAGAUGAAUGUCCCCUGCCCACCAAGGAUGCUCUCCAGAAACUCUCUGACAUGUUGAGUCUGAGUUCGGCUGUAGCACAACAGGACGCUCUAAACCCUGCUAAACACAGAAACACCACAGCUGUCCUAGGAUGCCUGGCAGAGAAACUGGCUGGUCCGGCCAGUAUUGGGUUGUUGAGCCCUGGAACCCUUGAGUACCUUCUGGAGAGCCUGAACGCAGAGUCCCACCCAACUGUCAUGCUGUUUGCUCUCAUUGCUUUGGAGAAGUUCUCCCAGACCAGUGAGAACAAACUGACGGUGUCUGAGUCGUGUAUCAGCAAUCGACUCGCUGUCCUGGAAUCGUGGGCAGAGCAGACUGACUACCUGAAGAGGCAGGUCGGAUUCUGCUCACAGUGGAGCCUUGACAACCUGUUCCUAAAGGACGGUCGUCAGUUCACCUACGAGAAGGUCAACCUCACUAAUAUCAACGCCAUGCUCAACAGCAACGAUGUCAGCGAGUACCUCAAGAUCUCCCCUACUGGACUAGAGGCACGAUGUGAUGCCUCUUCAUUUGAGAGCGUGCGUUGUACAUUCUGCGUGGAUUCGGGCGUUUGGUACUAUGAGGUGACAGUCAUCACAUCAGGCGUGAUGCAAAUUGGAUGGGCCACCAAGGACAGCAAGUUCCUCAAUCAUGAGGGUUAUGGGAUAGGAGAUGAUGAAUACUCAUGUGCGUAUGAUGGCUGCAGGCAGCUCAUCUGGUACAACGCUCGCAGUAAACCUCACUCUCACCCCUGCUGGAAGGAGGGAGAUGCCAUCGGCUUCCUGUUGGACCUCAGCAAGAAGCAGAUGAUCUUCUAUCUGAACGGACAUCAGCUUCCACCAGAGAAACAGGUCUUCUCCUCUGCCACGUCCGGUUUCUUUGCGGCAGCCAGCUUUAUGUCAUACCAGCAGUGUGAGUUUAACUUUGGGGCCAAGCCUUUCCGUCACCCACCUUCUGUCAAGUUCAGCACCUUCAAUGACUUUGCUUCACUGCUGCCCAGUGAAAAGAUCAUCCUGCCCAGACACCGGCGUCUGGCCUUACUAAAGCAGGUCAGCAUCCGAGACAACUGCUGCACGCUGUGUUGUGACGUCAUGGCUGACACGGAGCUGCGGCCCUGUGGACAUGGUGGUAUGUGUAUGGAGUGUGCCUUACAGUUAGAGACGUGCCCCCUGUGCCGCCAGGACAUCCAGACCCGCGUCAGACUCAUUGCACACAUCUCCUGACACACUUCCUGCCCCUCGUCCAAUAAGGAGAGACACACAAGCCCUACAGCCUCCUCCUCCUCCCGCUCUAAUCCCCUCACACCCAACAGGGCUGUGAGGACGGUGCCACAAUGUUGUGAUGAUACCAGAACUGGGACUUCUGGUAGGAGGAGGCAAUGAUGGAGAGGUGGAGAGGAGAUGAGAGGAGGGAAAUUUAAACCACAGCUGGAUCCCCAGGAGCUUUUGUAUCCUUCUGACAACUCACUGCAGAAGCUGGGCCAAGAAUCGUCAACUUUCUACUAACAGUGUGUUUUUCAGACAAAAAGAGCUGAAGUGAGGAGCAGAAACAAUUUAGCCCCUGCGUAGAGUUAUCAGACAUCAUUUCUAUGAUAUGAGGAUCCCACUGCGCUUUCAGCCCAGAGGCUACUACUAUUUAAUCCCAUCACCGUCAUGCACACGUCUGCAGAUCUGAAAGGGCUGGGUGGCAGAAAAGAACACAGCCUGUAGUACAGUAUUAAACCCAAGGUACAGAUAAAUUUAAGAUGCAUUUCACUUUCAUGUUUUUGGGUAUACAUAUGUGAAUUGUGGUGUUCUCAAGGUAGCAUUUUCAUUCUCCUUUCUCAAGGUUGUACCAACACCUAUCCUUUGGUCAGCGUCACUGUCUGUACUGAUUGAUGGCCCACUGGCCAUCAGAAAAAAGACACCUUUGGGUAAAAUGUCAGAUUUUGGUCUUGGUGUCAAGAAUCUUAAAAACUGGAGAAUUAUUCCAAGAGUUCUGUUUUCUAAUUGGGUUUACAAAAGCAAAUGUUAAAAAUCAAAUCAGCUUGCUCAGAUGUUGAUAUUUCCUUAGUCUCUGUCAUGUAUGUAACAACCACAACAAAUAAACACACAGGGAUUAGAAUUCACAGAAAGUUAAUCUGUAAAUGGAACCCCCCAAUUAUAAGUGCAUAUGUUGAGAGCCAGUGGGGCAGAAGUAGAAGUAUUCAAUUGAAUUUCCACCUUCUGAAUUUAUCUGGGAUUGCUUGAUUGGUGCUAACAAUUUGGCAACAUCUUGUAAUGCAGCUCCACCAUGAGUCAGACUCAUUUGAGGGGCAGCAUAAGUAAAUAUGUCUUAAUUUUUGUUUAUGACAAACACAUGCGUCUGUAUUAAGACGACUAUUUUCAAUCCACAAGAUGUGAUUUAAUUUUGUGUUCUAAAUGAUGGUGAACACUGAUGUAGAAGUACAUGUUUUGUUGAUUGACAGUGUUGUAUUGGCUGAUCAGUAAAUAGUUUAAAACAAAUGUUAAAAUGAAUAGUUUUUCCUCUAUCAGUAUGUUUACUAAAUAUCUCAGCGUCAUUCUUAAGAUGUUGUCUUUUUUGGUCUAAUUUGGCAGUGAAAUACUUGACAUAAAUUAGCAAAGAAACGACCCACAGCAAAUUACAUGACCUAAAUAGUGUGGCCUUCAGUACAGACAAAAAUGCGUAUUUAUGUUUCACUAGCUACAAAUCACAGCACUCUUAGUGGGAUUUCUUGCAUAUAGAAUUGAUCUUGUCAAAAAAAAGUUUGCCAGAUUGGACGUGUAUCUUCCAGUUGACUGGUUCAGACUGAGUAAUAUGUGGUUUCCCUCUCUGUGCUUUAUAUAACAGCACAUCUCUCAGCUCUCAUUUUGCCAUUUCUCCAUCUUUCUCCCACUGUCUUUAUAAGAGCCUAAUGUUUCUGUCUGUCUUUCUGUCCAUCCUUUACUUGAAGCAUCUCUGGGUUGACUGAAAUGAACAUAUAAGAGAUUGUGAUGAAAGAAAAAUUCUAUUUGUACAAUUAAAAAAAAUAAAUAAUAAUAAAAUAAUUAAUUAAAAAAGAAAAUCAAUGACAUUUCAAAUGAUCACACUGAAUAAUUUAGAAUUUAUUUUGGUCAAAUUGUUUAGGAAAGAGUUACUACUCCACCAAAUUGUAUGAACAGGAUCUGUAAAAUCAUUCAGACUAUAUUGGAAUGAUUUGAUAAUGAUGAGAUAACAUGCAUCUCUUAGUAUGACUGGUCUGGUCACCAGUCUUGAUUUGCUAUCUUGUAUAUCCUGGAGCACCUUAUACAUGCAGGGAAGAGAAAUUACAGUUACAGUUGUCUCUACGGUUGGAGAUGAAGUUCAGGAUUGUAAAGAAUAAGUUUUGAGUUGUAUUUAAAACAUCUAUAAAGGAAUUUUGCCCCAGAGUUCCCAAAGAUAUGAUUGAUUGAAGAAUUGUUGUUUCCUGGAUUGUGAUAUUUGUAAUAAAUGUAUGUUCAUGUGA